AUGGACUCAUCUCCGAAAAAUAAACGCAUCAGGAAAGUAAACUGGAUGCCUAUUGAAGUGGACAUAUUAAUUCAAGAAGUGGAGAAAAAUCAUCACAUUUUAUUUUCGGCGUUUUGCAACACCGUGACAAAUGUGCAAAAGAAGAAGAUAUGGACCGACAUCGCUCAGAAAAUCUGUGCCAACAGCUUGGUCAAACGCGAUGAGAAGGAGAUCAAGAAGAAAUGGACUGACAUUAAAAGCCAAGCAAGAAGGAAGGCUGCCUCACUAAAAAGAGAGAUUUGUGCAACAGGAGGAGGACCACCACCUCAACCACUUAAUGAAGUUGAAGAGCGGAUUGUAUCACUGAUUCCCUCCUGUCAAAUUGAUGGUUGUGAGGGUGGAUUGGAGAGUGAUGUCAAUGAAUUUGUUCCUGAAGACUUGACAAAUGCCUGUCUGCCUGACGAGCAGUCAGUGUUUGUUAUACAACCAUCACCACCACAGCUGGAGUCACAACAGAAAGCAGCAGUUGUUCAGACUGUACUAGCUGUGGAAGGACAAAUUCCAACCACAGGUGACAAAUUGAUGGCUUUGGAAGAAAGUGUAGAUCCUGCAGCAGUUGCUGACAGUAGAAUUGCAGCGUCUCAAUAUUGAGGAAAGAAAUCUUGCUAUAAAUGAAAGAAAUU